AUGUCUAAUCAUAAUAAUAACAGAAAUGAUGAAAACAACAACAACAACUAUUCACCUCGUCCGCCUUUCAUCCUGAAUCCAUAUGGUUCCGGCCCAAUCUAUAGUCAACAAAAUAUCUAUUAUCCUUCCACGGUUAAUAAUGGGAUACCAACCUAUAUUUCUGAGCCAAUGAACUACUAUCCAACUAUUCAACAGCCUUUUUAUACUCCAACACAACCUUCUUUACAGGCCUUUAAUGACGAAGUCAUUCCAACCGAGCCAGAUGAGUUUAUUCUAGAUUUAUUAAAGAAGCCUCAAGAAAGACUAUUUCUACUAAAGUUAGAACUAGAAUUUGAAGCAUUCAUAAAGGAUAAACAACGGUUUCGACUUGACUUUCCAAGCAUGAAUUCAUAUCAGCGAUUGAUGAUUCAUAAGCUGGCUCCUUAUUAUAAACUCAAUCAUUUUCAUGAUGCCAUGAGGAAAGGCGUUUAUGUCUGCAAGACGUUUAUAACCGAGCUUCCUGCCGUCCGUUUAUUAGACAUUAGCAAUAGCAAUAGUGAGCCAGAAAAAGAGCAAACAAGCCAAGGACCUGCACCACAAUUCAAAAUCAUGCGUAGAGCUACUGGUUCUGGAAGUGUUUCUCCACGCUCACCUUUAUCAGCAGGUGAGGAGCAAGCCAAGAAUAUGAUCGAUAGAAAGAAUAUGACAUUGGAAGAGAGAAAGACAGCUUAUGAAGAAGCAAGAGCACGUAUCUUUCAGGAUUUAGAAGAGAAGCAACAACAGCAACAAGUAACCAAGCAACCAAAUUAA